GUUUGUACCUGCCUCAGUGUGCGGACACACCCGAUACCUGUGCUCUCUCCAAUCACAGCAGAGCAGAGAAACGCUCAGAAGGUGCACUUCCUAUUUCUGUUUGUGAGAGGAGCCUGUAGCCGGGGUAGAGGUGAAGUGGCCUGGAUUACCAGUACAGUAACAGGGCAGCUGAUUUACUGGGAUUCUCUUUGGAUUUACAUGAGAGUGGAACAGAGAGCCAUGGCCUGGGUCAGGAUUUGUGUUAUGUUCUUCCUUUUGCCAGAGUGGGAGCGAAAGUGAGCAGGAGAAAGAGGGAGGAUCUGCCUGACUGUGUUGAGACUUGUUUGGGAAUUUUAGAAGAGAGGAGGAGGGGAAGCAACUUUGUAAGAGCGGAACACAGUGGAGAACCUGUGGCAGCUGUUGUAAACAUUUGGACUUUAUUGGUCUUAGAAGAAAAGACUAAAGGUAAAUAGAAUAUAAUUAAAUCAGGGUUAUCAGAGGAGCAUUUAUCUCACUCCCAGCACUGAUUCACUCAGUGAGCACACGCAGGUAUGUGGAGCAUUUGCAUGUUGUGCAAUCCUUCCUAGCUUCCCAGCAAGACAGGAGGACUAGAACAGGGAGAACACUCUCUCUCCAAGGCACUUCCCAGGCUAUCAAAAUUAUGUUGCCAUGGGAGCCAAACGUCCCAGUUGGACCAUCGAAGACCCUUCACAGAUGCCACCCAGCCCAGCUACUUCUGACAGGGGCUAUCAGUCAAACGAGUGGAUAAGCCGUAAAGCCAGACCUCAAGCUGGUACGAAAACCAGAGACAGGGAAGGGGAAGAAAGGAGGCCUAGAGAGAUGGACAAAAUGUGGGAAAGACCCAGAGAAGGAAGGAGGGAAGUGGAGCAAGAGAGAGAAAGGGACAGAGAGAGGGAGAAAUAUCCUGCGUACCAAGGUAGAGAAAGGGACAGGAGGAGAGAAGAAGGCAGACAUAUGAAUGGGAGACUUUCUUCAGUGCAGGACUAUAGCGAGCAGCGAGAACGAGUGAGAGAGAAAGGAGACACUUUUCCUAGGAUGAGAAGACAAAGUAUUGAAAUGGAAGGGAGACCAAGACAACCUGUGGACCUGGAUAAUAAAAGGUUUAUGGGAAGGCUGAGGGAACUGGACAAAAGUGAAAGCGAAAGAGAGAGAGAAAGAGCCAAGAAGAAAGACAGAGACAUCCAGAGAUACAGGGAAAGAGAGAAUGAGAGAGCGAGGAUAAGAGAAGAAAUGAAAAGGGACGGUGGAGCAAGACCAGAGAAGGAAUCACAGUCAGACAGAAGAAGAGAGAGAGGGUGGGACCUGGGAAGAAGAGAGAGGAGGGGAGAAAGAGACGUAGAGGUCAAUGACCGACAGUUCAUUAAGACGAAAGAGGUAGAGAGAGAGAGAGCCAGAGCAGGACAGAGAGACAGAGAAGACUCUGCAUGGCUUUAUUCCAUGCAAAGAAGGAGAAUCAUGGAAGGAGACAGAGGAAACUUUUCUGAUCGGGAUGAGAGGGAUGAAAAGAGCAGGCCAGGGAGGAGAGAGAGACAUAGACACACAAAGAGUGAGGGAGACAGUGAUGGAGAGAUAUACGCAAAAGAGGUAAGAAGGAAAGAGAACGUAGAGUCUCCUAGUUAUGACCAAAGUAGACGUGAGGAAGAUAAAAACAAGCAAAGGUUGAGAGACACAGAGAGGUACAAGGACAUGGAGCCACGGAGGUCAAGAGACAGAGUACAGGAGAGAGAAACAGACAUGAUGCGGUCCAGGGAAAGAGAAAGGGAUAAGGAAUGGAUGAUGGAGAGACCUAGAGAGGGAUAUAGGGAGCAAUACAGAGAGAGAGACUUUGUGAGAGAAGAGAGAGGGCCUGACAGGCAGAGGGACGACAUGAAAUACUCUCAGGAUAGAAGGAGAGAGAAGGAAUUGAGUGAAAGGAAAAGAAGAGAGUGUGAAAGAGAGAUGCACCUUUAUCAAGAGCAGAGGGUGACAGAAAGACGGAGGAGUUGGGAGGGUGGAGAGACAAGAAGAAAUAGUCAAACACAGACUGAUGAACACAGGAAGAUGCAGGUGGAAGCCCAAAGCAGUGGAGAUUGGAUGUCAGGAAGUGAUGUAGAACGUGAACAAAAGGGGACAGAAAUGAAAGACCCUGAUGACAAAGAGAGAGAGAGCGCUGCUAACAACAACAGGGAAAAAAUGAGAAGUAGGGAAUGGCAGGAUGUAACAGUAGGGCAGGGGGGAGGAAAGGCAAGAGAAGGCUAUGAAAAAGAGCAAAUGGAGACUGAAAGGGACAGAGGAAGAAAUAAACCUGAGAGCAACCCAAGAGCACAGAGGAAAAUGUGGCUGGAGCCGCGAUCAGGAACAGCAAAAACAGAGUCUUUAGUGGAGGAAUUAAGAGAGAGAGAGAGAGCCAGAGAGAGAUAUGCCCGAAGAUACAAAGAAAAAAGAAGAUCAAUAGAUGUUGACGAGGCAAUAGCAAAUUCAAAGUAUGCAACAGAAAUAAUACCACCAGAGGACAGGUACAGGAAACUUGAGAGAGCUGGGGAGUUCAUGAAGGAUGUUGAUGGAGAGAACAUGGAACAGAAAGAAGAAGAGGGUGCAGGCAUGGAGGCUGCCUUAGAUAGCGAAGAGAGGUUUGAUGCAGAUUCGCAAAUGGAGUCAGAAAAUAUGGAAGGUAGCACAGAGGGGAGUGACAGAGGGGAGGAGAGGGGGAGUGGUAGAUAUGGUGACUCUGAGGGGGAAGAGGGAAGUGAGCAGGAAUGGAAAGUAGAAAUGAAGGAGAGAGUGACGUCAGCAGAUGAUGGUUUUGUAACUGUGUCCAGUGGAGGAGAUGAGGACGAGGCAGAGGAGGACACAUUUGAGGACUGUAAGGAAUUCUGGGAUGGUGGAGUUAGAGAAGAUCUCACUAGGCAGUCACCUACGAGAAUCCAACAGAGUGAGGGAGAGAUUGAAACCAAAAUGACUGAAGAGAGAAGUGACCGCACUGUCACUGUCUUUUGUGUGGUUGGGCAACCUCUUCCCAGGUCAAGAUCCAACCAGAACCCGCACAUGGAACCAACGGAGCAGCAGGACGCUGGUCAGCACUACUCUCAGGCCCUUGGUGACGGCAGUGAAGUUGAUCAGCACCAUGAUGUAGCAGCAUUCAGAGACACAGGAACUGAAGAAGAGUCUAUACAGGAGAGCUGUGGUGAGACUAAUGCUGAAAAAGAGAACGAAAGCUUUGGCCAGACAUUGCCAGAGGAGAAGAUUACAGUAAACCAUGACACUACUUUGGAAAAAGCAGAAUGUGAUGAUGAGCUGACUCAGGAAGUUACAUCAUCUCAGGAUCUGCAGUUUACUGGCAGUGUGAGUGCAGAAAAAGACACUGAACCACACCCACCAGAAUCGUCUGAAACAUUUACACUACAUGCUGAGGAUCAUGAGUCGUCUCACGAGAAAAUGACAGAUGGAGAAAACAGACAGUUAGAGGUGGCCAGUGAUACAGUGCAGGAGAACAAGCGCCACUCUGCAGCCCCACAUGUCAAAUGGGCAAAAAACGUGUUGAAAGAGAUCUUGGGAUCCUCUGAAGAUGGAUCCCUUAAUACGCCUGAACCAGGCACCCAAACCGAGCAGCCAAGUGAUGGAGCUCCUGCAGAGGCUGAACCUCAGGAGCAUGAAGAGUCUACAGGCUCACCAAUUUAUGGUGUUGUCCAUAAACCUCGGAAGCAAAGCUCAGAGAGGAGGUGCAUAGAUACUGAUGUGAUGCACACAAAACCAGAGGACACAGACUGCGCUAGCCACCCCGGCACUAGGAUGGAUACACAAAACAAAAUUCUCAUACAAGUUGAGGAACUGGAGACUGAAGAAGAGCUGGAUCUUCUGGCACAUGGGAAAGAUGGGCUUGAUGAAGAGACAGACGAGGAAGAGUAUGAUUAUGACAGGCUCCUGCCCAGUCCUGACAUAAACAGUCUCUCCUCAGAAGGAGAGGCAGAAAAGGAGGGAACAAUUAAAAAGGAGGAGAAACAGAAGAAAAAAAAAUCAGUAUGGGGUGUUCUUACAUCAAGCAGUUUCCGAGAUUUGGGCAACGAGGCACGGGUGAGAAGGAAGGGUUUCCGAAAAAAUACUAUGGAAAAACACAGUGAAGAUGAAGACGGAGAAGGAGUUGGACGGGACCGCAGGCCCAGAGUGUUUACAACAGAUGAGGAUGAUUACGAUAUCCUUUGUCACAGCCUUAACGAAUCAGAGUUUGGAAAAUUUAAAGCGAAAAUCAGCAGGACGAGAAUGAGAAACUCAAAAUUUUAUAAUUCUCAGCUGUAUCAGCAGUACAGUGAAGUGGUCCAGAACCGUGAGAUCCUGCACCAAUCUCAUUCUCAUUCCUCCUCUAUAUUUGGAGAGGUUGGAGCUACCCAAGCUUUCUCCUCUCCGUGCCCUUCCCCUCCUCCAGCUCGCAGACCUCUUCCACCUCUUCCACCCGUUCUCCAUCCCAGUUCUCUCCCCCAUUCCAACUCUUUCUCCAUCGGGCCUUUAACCAUCCCGAGGCCAGCAUCCCCUCGGCUGUCCAGAUCCUUUGCCUCCUCGCCCAUGCUGUGGCAGGAGCUGCCUGGAGUGAAGAACAGCCCUGACCUGAAGAACAUGAGUGAUGAUGAGAGACGUCUGCAGGAGGUGAGAUUUGAGGUAGUGACGUCAGAGGCGUCGUACGGUAGCAGUCUGGACAUCGUUGUGGAGCAUUUCGUCAAGUCCAAACACCUGAAUGGCCUCUUGACUACACAGGACAAGAACUGGCUUUUUUCCAGACUGAGUGAUGUCAGAGCGAUCAGCCACAGCUUUUACACCCAACUGGAGGAAAGAGUGGAAAGCAACAUUACGCACUUUACUGUCUGCGACAUCAUCAUCAAACACUGUCCGCGAUUUCGAGCAGUUUAUGUACCCUACCUCACCAACCAGUCCUAUCAAGAUAAGACCUACCAAAGAUUAAUGAAUGAGAAUGCUAGAUUUCGCCAAGUGGUGGAAAAUUUGGAACACAGCCCCAAGUGCCAGAGGCUUCCUUUCCGCUCCUUCCUCAUCCUUCCAUUCCAGAGAAUCACUCGCCUAAAACUGCUCGUACAGAACAUUGUAAAGAGAACAGCUCCUAAAACAAAGGACGAGGCACAAGCCAUCAAGGCUAUGAAAUUACUGGAGAAGAUGAUCCAGGACAGUAAUGAGAGUAUCUCACAGAUGAAGAGCAUUGAAUCACUCGUGUCUCUCAAUGCAAGAGUGGACUUUGAGUGCAAGACUCUGCCAUUGAUCAGUCAGUCGCGCAGGCUGGUGAGAGAAGGCCCGGUCACAGAGCUGCGGGAUUUCACUCAGAAGGAGAACGAGAGGAGCGCCUAUAUACAUCUCUUCAAUGAUUACCUGCUUCUCUCGCUAACAAAAGAAGGUGGCAGAUUUACAGUGAUAGACCACGCUCCAGUGUCAGAGCUGCGGGCUGAGAACUGCAGAGUGAAGCUUCACUCUCUGAAGAAGAACCUCUUUCGCUUGUUUGUGGCCCAGAAAUCCCUGCUGCUGCGCACAGAAACACAGGCAGAUAAGCUGCGCUGGAUUUCUGCAGUCUCUCGGCCUCAUCCUGAAAUAGACUUCAAUGCCGCACAGGACAUUCCACAGAUGCAGUGCAUCAGAGCGUUCGUUGCCCAGCAGCCUGACGAGCUCAGCUUGGAAAAGGCUGAUGUGUUGUUGGUUCACCAGCAAAGCAGCGACGGCUGGGUGGAGGGAACCCGUCUAUCAGACAGACAGCGUGGAUGGGCUCCAGAGUCUCACCUGGAAAUAAUACACAGUGAGAAAGCUCGACAGUGUAACCUGGUGGACGCACUAAAGAUUACAGCUGCAACGGCAACAGUGUAAUGCAUCUCUGACUGCAGCCAGCUUGGAUAAUUACCGUACUUGUCUUUGCUCAAAGAAUUUACAGACUCUACAGAAGAGCAACCAUUACCCAUUUCAUCAUGCACACAGCAUUUUGCUGCCAUGGAAUACUACAUGUCUGUGCUUUUAAUCUGUUCUCAUGGAUCUUGCUAAAGCUUUAAACUACAGAUCACCAGAAAUCACUGGAAUAUAAACCCUCUACAUGGACUGUUUUAUAAAUACAUGAAUGUGGACUAUGGAAUAUGGACUGACUGACUCUUUUUUUAAGAGGAUUCUAUAGAUUUUAUGCAUUUCCACACACUUCAAUGCCUCCAGUGCCUCGUAGUUUGCAUGUACAUAAAGUUUACCUCUGAGGUAUUUAGGGAGAUACAUGGUGUCAUGUGUUCAUUUUUUUUUUCUGUAGUAAAACUGUCAGCAAAAUGUCACACUUAUGCUGACAUAAACAACACUGACAUGCCAUAAAAAUAAAAGCUGCUUCACCUUAAAA